CGCCACAGUGAGUACUUGAAAAACUACAUACAACUUCGGAAGGCUACCUCGCCUGUCUGCUUUAUGGUGAACACGAGGCGAUCUUAAAGUGGUAUUGAAAAAACGGGAUUCAAGUUAUUAGUCAACGGUCUAAAAAGACAAUUGAAUGAAUGUUUUGUGCAUUAUUUGUUCGUUUAAAAUAGUUUAAUAUAGUUUAUUUAAUCCAAAGUAUGGAUGACGCGUGGGAUGCUGAUAGGAUUGAUGCCAGGCUGGAAAUGGCUUUACGUUCAAACAAGUGGGAGGGAGAGGAUGAAGAAGAAGAUGUCAAGGAGAGUUGGGAAGAUGUAGAUGAAGAAGAAGAAAAGAAAGAUGUUGAGAAACCCGCUGAAGCACCAAAAGCAAAACCUAAACCCAAAAAGAAAGUAGCUGAGAAAAUUGAAGAGAAAGAAAGGAAGGCUCGUGAAGAAGCUGAGAGAAAGGCUAAGGAAAAAGAAGAAGCAAUGACUCCUGAAGAGAGGAGAGCGGAACAACUAAGACGACAAAAAAUGGCCGAGGAAGCUGAUCUUCGACUAGCUAUGGAAACAUUCGGUGUCACAGCUAUUGAUGCAAUGAUGCCAGAUACGAAAGAAGAAUUCGAAAGCUUCGGAGAAUCCUUAUUGCAAAAGAUCAAUCAAUUCAGCAAGCACACAGAAUAUCCAGCAUUCGCCGAAGAUUUAAUAAGCCGCAUAGCAGUAAAUUUACCAUCAACAAGCUUAAAAAAACUAGGAACGACAAUCAAUAAUUUAGCAAUCGAAAAGCAAAAACUUGAAAAGGGUGAUAAAGGCAAAAAGAGUAAAGGUAAAGGCAAAGCUAAGCUCAAAAUUGAGGGAGAAAAUAGCCAUCUUAGCGAAUACGAUACUUACGGAUAUGAUAAUGAGUAUGAUGACUUCAUGUAGCGGCCGUUCAAUUUUUUAUUGUACUAUCUAGUCGGCUCUACACACUUACAAAAAAUAAUGAUGACUCGUAAUAAUUUUACGAAUAAAUAUUAUACACUGUGGAUAUUGACUGUUAUACAGAUUUAAAGGUGUACAUUAAUUAAAGUCACCUUAAAGUUUUUCAAUUAUAUUGAAUUUCUCUAUAAAUAAAUAAUUUGAAAACAGCCAAUUAAGGAGAGUAAAUAUCCAAAAUAAUGUUAUUUUAAUAAGAAAGAACGAUUUAUGUGUGUAUAGACGACAUCAUAAAAUGUAAGAAACAUUCAAAUACUUGUUUCUUUGAUGUGUCUUUUUCCUUUGUCUUAUAUCUAAUAUAAAAAUUAUUAGAAUCUAUAAUACAGGGAAGCGGACACCGCAAUAUCAUCAUCUUUGUUGAGAUGCUGAAUAUCCGUUGAUAAUUAAUAUUGAAAUGUGCAUAUUUCUUAAUAAAGGUUGAUCACAAACAUA